GGCGCAUGGACGGGCCCGGGGCGCGGAGCCCGCGGCGGCGCCAUGAGGAAGCAGAGCGUGCGCACGGCCGCGCUCAUCCUGUGCAUCCUGUCCUACCUGCUGGUGGGCGCCGCCGUCUUCGACGCGCUAGAGUCCGAGGCGGAGCGCGGCCGCCAGCGGCUGCUGGCCCAGAAGCGCGGCGAGUUCCGGAGGAAGUACGGCUUCUCGGCCGAGGACUACCGCGAGCUGGAGCGCCUGGCGCUGCAGGCCGAGCCGCACCGCGCCGGCCGCCAGUGGAAGUUCGCCGGCUCCUUCUACUUCGCCAUCACCGUCAUCACCACCAUCGGGUACGGCCACGCCGCGCCAGGCACGGACUCGGGCAAGGUCUUCUGCAUGUUCUAUGCGCUCCUGGGCAUCCCCCUGACGUUGGUCACUUUCCAGAGCCUGGGCGAGCGCCUCAACGCGCUGGUGCGGCGCCUCCUGCUGGCGGCCAAGCGCGGCCUGGGCCUGCGGCGGCCGCGCGUGUCCACCGAGAACAUGGUAGUGGCCGGGCUGCUGGUGUGCGCCGCCACCCUGGCCCUCGGGGCCGCCGCCUUCGCGCACUUCGAGGGCUGGACCUUCUUCCACGCCUACUACUACUGCUUCAUCACCCUCACCACCAUCGGCUUCGGUGACUUCGUGGCGCUGCAGAGCGACGAGGCGCUGCAGAGAAAGCCGCCCUACGUGGCCUUCAGCUUCCUCUACAUCCUCCUGGGGCUCACGGUCAUCGGCGCCUUUCUCAACCUCGUGGUCCUGCGCUUUCUGGCCGCCAGCGCCGACGCGCCCGAGCGCGCCACCCGCCGCACCAGCCCUCUCCGCCUGGGGGCGCCCGAGAGCCGCGGCCGCUCCCCGCCCCGCCACCCAGUCCGCGCCGGGGUCUCCGCCUCCGUGUCGUCCCGCGUGCACCAGCUGCAGCUGGGGGCCCGUGACAACCUGGCCUUCUCGCCCCCCUCGAGCCCUGGGGCUGUGGGCGGCGGCGGGGCGGGCAGGCCCCUGGCCCGGCGGAAGUCCAUCUGACAGGCCUGUACCGGCCCCCCCCACCACCCCACCCCGAGGGUGGAUGGAACAGAAGGGGCUAGGUUCACCUGUCAGAGCGUGCUCCCCGGAACUUGGAGAGGGGUGAGGGGCCCUGGCCUCAGGGCCAUCUUCUGCCACAAGCAGUGCGUCUUUCCCUUCUGUGGCCAGCCCCUCCCUCCUCUCCAAAAAUCCAUUAAAGCCGCACCUUAAGCACGAGCACGUCCCUGUAGGUGCAAAUCCCAGUGGUCCGAACUGUUUUAGGAAGGCGUGGCCACCCAGGAGAGGCUCUCCGCAGGCCCAUGUCACCGGCUAGCCCUCCCGAGUGGAAACAGGUGGCCGUUUCUGUUGAGACAGGAGGCAGAUUUUCCGUGUUGUAAGGGACAAUGCGGGACUUUCAACCCUGGGAUUCUAGCAGCGAGGCCGGCUGUUCACACCAGGAGAGGCGCAGGGAUCAGAUGGACUGAAGGAAGCAGCUCCUGUCCCCGUGUGGAGGAGUGGACAAAUCUGCACUAUUUAAAUGAUCGCUCAUCCUCUUGCUCAGUCUGUAGAGUGGAACUGGCCCAUGUGUGAAUGAAGCACACCCUCCCUCCCCUCCCCCCAUCUGAUGUUCUUUGUCCUUGGCAAGCCCCCGACCCCCACCAAGGACAAGGGGCAUCUGGACCUAGUCAAAUGCUGUGGGAAGGCAGCCUUGAGAUCUGGGUCCUGCCAACUGCCCUCAGGGUGACCUUGGGAAAUGUCUUCCCCUAGCUGGGCCUCAGUUUCCACAUCUGUAAUGGCUGAGUUCACCUGGAAUCCUGUUCCCACCCCAUGCCCCGGGCCCUGCAUCUCUGGAAGGGCUCCUGGGAUGUGCCCCACGGUCCCCAUGGUGGGGCCUGCUGGCAUUGAGCAGCGCUCAGCUCCUUCCAAUACCAGCUACCCUCGGCUUCCCAGAUAGAACUCUCAGCACAGAGCAGAGUGAGCCAGGUUAGAAAAGCCAAAAACUUUAAUUUUUAACAUGAGCUACAUGGUCAUGAACACAAUGCAACGUGACCCACUCCAACCCAGGGGCCCCGGAAACCCUCCCUCCCCAAAGUCCCGAGCGGCUCCUGCUCCCAGAGAGGGAGUGAGAGGAAAGUGGGUGGAUGGAGAGGGCCCCCAGCCUGAGGACCCGGGGUCCGGCCUCCCUGCCACCCCCUUAGGAGGCAGGCAUAGAAUGAAAGGGCUCCAGAUGUGAUGCCUGAGGCCCCGGGUUCAAGUCCCCACUUUGCCCUCACAGAAGCUAGGAGUACAUGGGCACAGUCAGCCUCCCCUGCAGGGUUGGAGUCCGAUGCGCUCAUGGACACAGCAACCUUCUGUCCGCUCUGAGGUGCUGCUGUACAGACAAGGGGCCCUCCCACAGGGCCAGGGGAAUUGUUAAGGGGGAACGGGAGAGGGCCCGGUCCCCUGGGCCGGGCACAGUGCUGCUGCUCAAUAAAUAAAUGCAGGUGGCCUUGCCUGA